UGGAGAGUUUUAAACUUCUGUGUUUCUUACAGGCUGAGGAGGCUGACGACGAUGACAUCUACAAUGUUUUAUCUACUCUAAAGAGACUCACAGCCUUUCAUAACGCCCAUGACUUAACACGCUGGGACUUGUUUGGAAAUUGCUACCGUCUACUCAAAGCGGGCAUCGAACAGGGCUCGAUGCCGGAGCAGAUCGCGGUCCAGGCGCUGCAGUGCUCGCACUACUCCAUCCUGUGGCAACUCGUCAAGAUCACAGAGGGGGCACCCACCAAGGAUGAUCUGGUGGCCUUGAGGAGAGUGGUGAAGUCCUUCCUGGCUGUGUGUCAACAGUGUCUGUCCAACGUCAACACCCCAGUCAAAGAGCAGGCGUUCAUGCUGCUGUGUGACCUCCUGAUGAUCUUCAGUCAUCAGUUGGUGUCAGGGGGCAGGGAGGGGCUGCAGCCGCUCGUCUUUAACCCCGACAGCACCCUCCAGAACGAACUGCUCAACUUUGUCUUAGACCACGUCUUCAUUGACCAGGAUGACGAGAGCCAGAGCAUGGAGGGAGACGAGGAGGAUGAAGCCAACAAGAUCGAGGCUCUUCACAAAAGAAGAAACCUCUUGGCUGCGUUCUGUAAACUCAUCAUCUACGACAUUGUGGACAUGCCCGCAGCCGCUGACAUCUUCAAACACUACAUGAAGUAUUACAACGACUACGGAGACAUCAUCAAGGAGACUUUGAGUAAAACCAGGCAGACUGACAAGAUUCUCUGUGCAAAGACACUCAUCCUCAGUUUGCAACAGUUGUUCAAUGAGCUGCUGCAGGACCAGGGCCCAAACCUGGACCGAACGUCAUCUCAUGUGAGUGGCAUAAAAGAGCUUGCCCGCCGCUUCGCCCUCACCUUCGGUCUGGACCAGAUCAAGACCAGAGAGGCUGUGGCCACAUUGCACAAGGAUGGGAUCGAGUUUGCCUUCAAGUACCAGAACCCUAGAGGACCAGAGUUUCCCCCAAUAAACUUGGCCUUCCUUGAGGUCCUCAGUGAGUUCUCCUCGAAACUCAUCCGCCAAGACAAAAAGACUGUCCACUCAUACCUGGAGAAGUUCAUGUCUGAGUCAAUGUCUGAGCGGCGGGAGGACAUCUGGCUUCCUCUGAUCUCGUACAGGAACAGUCUCCUGACGGGAGGAGACGAGGACCACAUGUCCGUCACCUCUGGGUCCAGCAGCAAACCAGGAUCAGUGCGCAGCAAGAAGGGACGGCCGCCUCUGCAUAAGAAACGCAUAGAGGAGGAAAGCAGCGUGGAGGGCUCGUGGAUGAUGCGUAAUGACACUCUACCGACACCGGGGGCACUGCAGACUCCUCAGCUCACGUCGACAGUGCUCAGAGAGAACAGACCAGCUGAACACAUGGCAGACCCAGACUCAGAGCCAGGGUCAGAGAACGACUAUGUACACAAUCCUCAGAUGCAGAUGUCGUGGCUCGGACAGCAGAAGAUGGAGGAGGUGAACAGGAAGGACCGAUCAGGAAUGAACUACAUCAAGUCACGCAGCAAUCAGGGCGUGCGGCAGACAGUGCGCGGUUUGAUGGAGGACGACGCAGAGCCGAUCUUUGAAGACGUGAUGAUGUCCUCGAGAGGUCAGCUGGAGGACAUGAACGAGGAGUUUGAGGACACUAUGGUCAUCGACCUGCCCCCAUCCAGAAACAGACGGGAAAGAGCAGAACUAAGACCGGACUUCUUUGAUUCAGCCGCCAUGAUUGAAGAUGAAUCGGGAUUCAGCAUGCAGAUGUUCUGAUUUGGUAAAAAUACAGAGAUAUUAUAAUCAGGAUUCAAAUCAGGACUAAACGGUUUUGGGACGUCUGACUGACACCUGUCAAUCAAGCUACAAAGAAGAAAAACAUUGUUGAAUCUUCUUUCUUUGUCGAUGGACAUUUGUGAAGUUUAUCCAACGUUGGCUGGUCCCUCUCCUCGGAAACAAAGUACAUCAUCCACAUUUCAAACAUGGGAUGAUGUGGGAGCCGUGUUCUUGUCUGCUCAGCCUGUUAGCGUGUUAGCAGUUAGCUUCGAAGGCGCUUUUGGUCCACAGUAUUUUCAGCCGUUCCUCCAGCUAACCGGGUGUACAGUUUUUUUGGGAUUGGACCAUGAACUCACUGUACAGAUCCCAGUUUUGGUGUUGCACUUCGAUCCGCCUGGUUCGACAUAGAGGAUCACUACUAAAUGUUGUAUAUCUUUGCUCUUACUAUCCCCACUCAUCUCCCUCUGCUCCCCUGUCUGAGUGCAAUAGUGCUGUUUAAGGUCAUGAUUAGGGUUGCACAAUAUAACAUGAAAAAAUGGUAGAUUCUAUAAUUAUAUGAUUGUUGUGAUAUUGUAAUACCUUUGAAGUGAUGAAAAAAUGGGACUGUUGUCAUAGCAAUUAAAGGUGUGCUGUGUAACUUUUCUGGAGAGGGUCUGUAACCUGUUUGUUUCCAUGGAGAUGUUAAUGCUUGGGUUUAAAUUGUUCACCGUAUGAUAUUAAACCAAUCUGUCUUGUAUUUAUUCAACUACAGGUGCUACUUAAUGCUCAAAACUAUUUUAAAACAUUAAUUCUCACUGACUGUGGUCACUUCCACAAGUCUAAUCAGUAAUUUGGCUUAGAAGCUUUCAUAGAGAUUCUUAAAUUUAUAGCUGUACUGUGGAAUAUUCUAUCUCCAUGGAGACAAGCAGGUGAUGGACCCUCCACCAGAGAAUUUACACAGUGCACCUUUAGCAAUUAAAAAUAAUAAAUAGUCAUCCAUUUUAGUAUCGAUUAGUAUCUGGUUUUGAAUGGUCAUAUCUUCAACAGGAAAUGUGACUGAAAAAUAGCUUUUUAACAUGGGAAAUUUCAUUUAAUAUUAGAAAAAAAAAAGUAAAUUGCUUUAGUCAAGCGUUGUCAAAUAUUAAACUUUAAUUAAGCAGAUUUUUUUAACUAAAUGAAAACUCAACCUUUUUUUAAACACACUUGAAUUUUACAGUUGUGUCAGAUGGAAGUAAACUGAAUGAUUUGACGGCUUCCUCUACAUGUGCAAAAACUGGCAGUACAUAAAUAGUUGUGUAAAGGUGCGUAACAUUUGUAGUGGAGUGUCAGCCACUCUCUCCAUCAAAUGUUUUUGCUUUGUCUAGAAUGUUCCACAGUAUAGAUUAAACCUAUCUGUCAUGAGGGAGACAAGCAAUGUUGUAUGUUUGAGCAGCAGAAACACCCAUAAUGAACAAAUGCUAGAUGGAUAUAUUUAAUGUCAUACCAUGGCAACAUUCCAGGCAAAGCAAUAACAUCUCCAUGGAGACAAGCAGGUAGCGGAACAUCCACCAAAAGUUGCGCAAUGCACCUUUAAAUAAUCAUAUUAUUUAAUCCUAAACGAGCAACCCAGUAAAUCUACUUAUUUUUAGUAAUUUUUUUUGUCAAAUGAGUAAGAUAUUGUGCAGCCCUGACUGUUUAGUGGACAGUUACACAUGCACUGCUAUGGGCCAAUAUGGAGUGAAUGAUGCAAUGGCCUUGGACUAGUUGGACAGCCCCCCUCACUCUUACAUCUCAGUUCGGCACACCCCUCCUGUUCAAGUUUUUAAGUAAAAUAUAAAAGACAAUAAACAUAUUUUAAAAUCAGUAGCUUUAGUACAAAAAGUUUUAAGUGUUUUUGUUUUGUCUGAUGUUUGUACAGCUUUUCUUGAUAUGUAUUAUCUCGUUCAUUGCCAAACCUUGUGGCCUACAUAUUCCCUCAUAUUUGUAUUUCAUGCUAUAGGAUUAACAGCGCUGUAUGGUUUUGAUUGUAUGCAGUUCACAAACUUAAGUUCAAAUUGACCGUAUUUCACAGAUUUGAUUCCUACAGCAGUGUUAUUUAAUCUGAUGUUCGUAUAUCAGUGCAGUGAUGGGUCUCUAUGGCUUGUUUGAAUGUGUCCAUAUCA